AUGAGAAGGGCGGCUGCGGCCGCCGCCGAGCCUCGGAGCCCUGGCCGAAUGGAGACGCGCGACGAAGAGCCGCGGGGCGCCCCGUCGGAGCCGAAGCCGCUCCCGCCUCUCCUCCGCGAACUGGGCUCCUACGCGGCCCGGGCGCUGCUGUGCCUGGCGCCCGUCUACCUGGCCGGCUACGCGGGGCUCAGCACGAGCUGGCUGCUGAUCGGCUUGCUGCUCUGGAUGUGGUGGAGGAAGAACCGGCGGGAGAAGCGCUCGCGGCUGCUGGCAGCCUUCGGGCUCGUGGAGGACGAGAAGCAAGCCAUCAGCCGCGGCAUCGCCCUGCAGCAGCUGCCGGCCUGGGUUCAUUUCCCUGACGUCGAACGGGUAGAAUGGCUGAACAAGGUUGUUGAACAGGCUUGGCCAUACUUUGGAACAAUCCUGGAAAAAACAUUUAAGGAAGUUGUUGAACCAAAAAUCAGAGCCAAGCAUGUGCAUUUGAAAACCUGUACAUUCACCAAAAUCCACUUUGGAGACAAGUGCCCUAAAAUCAAAGGAGUGAAGGCCUAUACCAAAGAAGUUGAUAGAAGACAAGUGAUCCUGGACGUGCAACUAUGUUAUAUAGGGGACUGUGAAAUUCACAUGGAAUUGUCCAAGAUUAAAGUUGGAAUGAAAGGAAUACAGCUGUAUGGAACAUUACGAGUGAUACUAGAGCCGCUACUGACAGAAUUGCCUUUCUUUGGAGCUGUUACCAUGUUUUUCAUCCAAAAACCUCACUUGGAAUUCAAUUGGGCAGGACUAACCAACGUGUUAGAUGCUCCGGGCAUUAGCUUAUUGUCAGACUCCUUAAUCCAGGAUCUCAUAGCUUCCCGGUUGGUGCUGCCAAAUCGACUCACUAUUCCACUGAAAAAAAACAUUAACAUUGCUCACUUGCGGUUUCCUAUUCCAUACGGAGUAGUAAGAGUGUACCUACAAGAAGCUGAAAAUCUUGUCCAAAAAGACAGCUUCCUCGGGGCGAUCAGAGGGAAGUCAGACCCUUACGCUCUUGUUCGAGUUGGCCUAGUGCAGUUCCGAAGCAAGACCAUCCAAAGAAAUCUGAAUCCUAUCUGGAAUGAAAUGUUUGAGUUUGUUGUUCAUGAGAUACCUGGUCAGGAUCUAGAGGUAGACCUGUAUGAUGAAGACCCAGAUAAAGAUGACUUCCUGGGCAGCUUGCUUAUAAACCUUGCGGAUGUGAGGAAUGACAGAGUUGUUGAUGAGUGGUUCCCUCUAAGCAAGAUAGAAAGUGGGCAUGUGCAUUUGAAGCUUGAGUGGUACUCUUUGGUCACUAGUCAAGAGAAACUUUGUGAGGACAAGACUGGUCUUGCCACAGCAGUUCUCAUUGUGUAUUUGGACAGUGCUUUCAAUCUUCCUAAAAAUCAGUUUGAAUAUUUCAAUGGUGAAUAUGGACCAAAGAAGUUUAGAAAAGACAGAUACCUCAAGAAGAUGGAACAGGAGCCUUCUUCCUUUGUCCUGCUCACAGUGGGCAGCAAAACUCAUAGAAGCAAGACCUGUAAUUUCACCAAGGAUCCUGUGUGGGGCCAGGCAUUCACAUUCUUCAUACACAGCGCUUCGUCUCAGUCUCUUCACCUGGAGAUCAAAGAUAAGGAUCGGGAGAAUGCCCUGGGGACCUUGGUGUUUUCUCUUGCUCACUUACUAAAAAAUCCUGAUAUGACAGUCGAACAAAACUUUCAGCUGGAUCAUUCUGGAGUGGACAGCUGCAUUAAGCUGAAAGUUGUAUUGAGAGCAUUGGCUAUAGAGCAAUCUGAUCCAGAAAGCACUUACAGUGGCGUUAAUGCCUUAAAGCAAGUUCCUAUCCCUGCUACAGAGCAAGAUGGAAAUCAAGGCAAGACAUGGCUGCCACCGCCGCCGCCGCCGCCACCACCACCACCACCACCACCACCACUGCGUCCUCAAUCACUUCCACUAAAAGUAGAUGUGCCCAAAGCAUGUCAAGGCAGCACAGACUUGGGUGUGCCUAAAUCUACAGGUGACAGACAAGAGAACCAAGCUAACUCUAAUGCAAAUGAGAAAUGGGCAGUGCCAGUUGUGAUAGAAGCUGUGGCUGGAAUUAAUGAGCAUGCCGGCCCGGCUGGCGUGGACCCCAAGUACUUGACAUGUCCUCAGCCCAUUCGCGCAGCCCAGACACAGCCAGCCCCACAGAGACUUGGACUUGCCCCCAGUAUGGCAUCUCUGGGCACCCUAGCCUCUUCAGCCCUGGAUAUAACUUGCAGCAAUCUGGACCUCAAUAAUGGGACGCUUCUUCCGGGAAUGUCCAUGGGAGAGAUUCACCUCACUGUGCGCUAUGCUUCCUUAAGGCAGUGUCUUAUUGUGCUGGUCAAUGCAUGCAGAAAUCUAAUGCCAUGUUCUCAGCAAGGGGCACAUCCAUACGUCCGCAUCUACUUGCUCCCAGACAAAAGAUGGGUAACCCGAAGAAGAACCACUGUGAAGAAAAGAACUCUGAAUCCUCGCUAUGACGAAAAAUUCGAAUUUUUUGACACUUUGGAAGAAAUUAAGAAACGAGCCUUAGAUAUUGCAGUAAAAAAUCGACGGCCAUUUAUUUCACAUGAAAGGAAGGAGCUUGGAAAGGUGCUGAUUGACUUGUCAAAGGAAGACCUAGUCAAGGGCUUCUCCCAAUGGUAUCACUUGACAAUACAUGGACAGCCCCCGAGCUGA